AUGGAUGUAGAAGAGAUCUUCUCCCUCAAAUAUAAUGAGUUGCAGAAACGCGCAAAGUUGCUUGGCAUAAAAGCCAACAUGAAGAUUGACAAGUUGAGGAAUGCCAUUGCAGAACAUCUACUUGACAAAAAUGAGGCUGCAGAUGAACAACAGGUUACAAUGGAAAAGGAAGAAGAGGUGAAACCAAAUGAGUCUCAAAAUAAGACAAAAAAGGGUCCAGGAAGAUCGAAAAAAGAGAAGGUGACCAGAUCAAAGUUGGAAUCUGUCGACAAGAAUGCUAAACCUUCCACUCCAUCCAUUGUGAAACCUGUAAAACCAGGGCACCUUGGAUUGAAACAACCCAGUGUAUUAUCUCCCUUGGUCAGGAAAAGUCUCCCUACCAAAACAUUUAUGACCCCCAAAGGGACUCCCAGGCCCUUUGGUACAUCUAAAGGAACUCCUAAAACCGUAACCCCACUGGUAACCAAAGUCAAGUCGGCAACACCAAAGGUAGCAACUCCUAAGAAUGCCACAUCUAAACGAAUCAGUCAGCCAAAACAGGCUACACCAUGUCUGUCAACACCAAAGUCUGUCACUCCAAACAAAACCCCAGCAUCUCUUAAGCGUAUGUCCAACCAGAAAAGAACACCACAGGAGGCAAAAAAGAAGCGAAGUACAUUUGAGAUUGUUCCUCUGCCAGACGAGCCAAUGGAAUGCCAGCGCAGCACAAGGAGAAGCACAUUUGAUAAGACAACCACAGAGGAAGAGAAAUCGGAGAGUCCAGGAGCCAAAGAAAUGCUGGGUGCUCUCACAGGUGAUAUGGACAGUGCGGAGAUGAAGGAGACUCUUCUAUCUGCCUUGGAUAAAAAAGUACAAAAGAAAGUAUCAGAAAUGGACCCUGCCAAGAAAACAGGUAUUCCCAGAUUUGCUGCUUUCUUGGCAGCGAGAAAAGAGGCGAGGGAAGAGAAACCUUUGACCCCAGGAAAUAAGAAUUGGACAAAAAUCCACAAGAAAGAGUUUGACAAAAUGGAGUCAAUUGAUGUGUACCUAAACAAGAAGAGAAAGCGUCAAGAUGACUUCGCAAGCUCAGCGAAGAAAACGAAGACACUGCUGGAGGAAACUAAAGCAGCCAUCAGCAAACUGAAAAGUCACAAGACACCAACAGCAUUCAAGGAGGCAAACAGAAAAUCAAAAUCAUUAUUUGUUACACCUGGUACAACUGCAGUGAAAACAAAAACACCAACGGGAGUUGCGAAAAACAAAACACCUGUUUCUGCAGCACCAAAACCAAAAACACCGUCAACAUUCAAACCAACUGUGUUUAGCACAAAGAACAUGAACCUGGAUUUCAACACAACCACCAGGAAGUCACCACGGACUUCAUCAGGAACUGGAACUUUUAAACCUUCUGUCCUAACUACCAGUAACAUGAAUCUCAACUUCGGCAAAGUUAAAACCCCAGGCACACUACCUAAGGAUACACGAAAGUCGUUUGUGACACCUUUCAAGUUCAGUGCCUCUAACACUACUCUAAAUGACAGCAAGUCAACAGCCAAGAAGUUUGACCUUAAGGCCAGUCUAGCCCGCCCUAUUACCUGGAAGACACACAAAGGCACUCUCAAGCCUUUGGAGACGGCCUCCUUGUACUCCACUGCCAAGGGUGAGCCAAAAGUCAACGUGAAAACACCCAAGGUGGCUGGAAGAGAAAAUCGUAGAGCGUUAGCACAGAAGAAGCGAGCAGACAAGAAGUUUGAUAAACAGAUGUCACGACGAGGGAUCAAUGCACAGUAGAAAUAAUUUGACAGAAAUGAUUCAGUGGUGCUUGGAACUUUAUUAUCUGUUAUCACCAGGAAGUGUUUAAUUCAUUCAACCUGUUUGGAAGCUUUCCAUUAUGUGGAUGGAUCACUAGAAUUAGAAGAUAUACCAAACCAAACCAUCAAAUAUUUAUUUCAUCAGUCAAGUAGAGCCGCUCUCUAUUAUGCGGACAGACCAGUGGAACUAAGAUUGUUAAACUUUCUAUUUCCUAACAAGAAUAAAUGAAACUGGUACAAUAUACCACUGUGGUGUAGAAAUGAUCAUACCAAGUACCAUCUUCCUGUGGAUCAUACCAUAUACCACCUUCCUGUGGUGUAAAGAUGAUCAUACCAUGUACCACCUUUCUGUGGUGUAGAAAUGAUCAUACCAUGUGCCACCUUCCUGUGGUGUAGAGAUGAUCAUACCAUGUACCACCUUCCUGUGGUGUAGAAAUGAUCAUACCAUGUGCCAUA